AUGGCGACGGCUCCCCCCAGAACCGCCCUCAGCAAAGAUGGCGCCGCCGCGCCCUCCCCGCCGUUCCCCGCAGCGGCGGCGCCGCCCUCAGCAAAGAUGGCGGCCGCGCGGAGGGGGCGGAGCGAGCGUUCCCAUUGGCUGCGCCGCGGGGGCCGCGCCAGAACUUCCGGGUCGGGAGGGCGGCCGGGGUCCUGCCGAAGGAGAGCCCCCACCUUCCGAGCCGACGCCGCCCCCGACUACGAGGGCAACCGAGAGACGGCCGAGAGGUGGGCGAGGGUCAUCCGGUGCCUGGCGAGGGGCGAGACCCCCCCCCGGAACGAGAGGCCGAACCACGCCAAGGAAUUGGUGUCAGGGCUGAGCCUGGAGCAGUGGGACGGCAUCGUCACCGUGUCGGGGGACGGGCUGGUGUACGAGGUGGUGAACGGGCUCCUGUCCCGCCCGGACUGGGCGCUGGCCCUGCGGGUGCCCCUGGGGGUCCUGCCCUGCGGCUCUGGGAACGGGCUGGCGGCCGCUGUCAACUGCCACGCGGGGCUGUCCCCAGCCCUGGGGGUGUCCCUGCUCCAGAACUGCUCCCUGCUGCUGUGCCGGGGCUCAGCGGCCCCUCUGGACGUGCUGUCGGUGUCUCUGGGCUCGGGCCCCCGGCUCUGGUCGGUGCUGGCCGUGGCCUGGGGUCUGGUGGCCGAGGCCGACGUGGGCAGCGAGCGGCUGCGGCGCCUCGGCCCCGCACGCUUCCUGCUGGCGGCGGCCGCGCGGCUGCUGGUGCUGAGCGCCCGCCGGGCACGCCUGGCGUACCUGCCCGCCCUGGAGGGCACGGAAAACGGCAUGGACCGGGAUAACAGCGCCAGCAGGGACACCCAGACACGGCGGGGAACUGGGAUAGACCUGCCCACCCUGGAGGGCAUGGAUAACGGGAUGGACCGGGAUAACGGUGCCAGCACGGACACCCAGACACGGCUGGAUAACAGCAGGGACCUGCCCGCCCUGGAGGGCACGGAAAAUGGGAUGGACCGGGAUAACGGCACCGGCAGGGACACCCAGACAUGGCUGGAUAAGGGCACGGACCUGCCCGCCCUGGAGAGCACGGAAAACAGGAUGGACACCAGGGACACCCAGACACGGCUGGGAACUGGGACGGACCUGCCCGCCCUGGAGGGCACGGAAAACGGGAUGGACCGGGAUAACGGUGCCAACAGGGACACCCAGACACAGCUGGAUAACGGCAUGGACCUGCCCGCCCUGGAGGGCAAAGGGAGCGGGAUGGACCGGGAUAACGGCGCCGGCAGGGACACCCAGACAGGGCGGGGGACUGGGACAGACCUGCCCAGCACGCAGAGCGGGAUGGACGGGGACAACGGGGUGGAGAACAUGGAUAACGGAAUGGAGAACACGGAUAACGGAAUGGAGAACGCGGAUAACGUGAUGGAGAACACGGAUAAUGGGAUGGAGAAUGCAGAUAACGGGGUGGAGAACAUGGACAACGAGAUGGAGAAUGUGAAUAAUGGGAUGGAGAACACGAAUAAUGGAAUGGAGAACUCGGAUAAUGGGAUGGAAAACUCGGAUAAUGGGAUGGACCCGGAUAACGAGGGAUUCCAGGACAUCAGGACAGGGCUGCGUGUUGGGACGGAGCCACCAGCCCUGGAUAAGGGGAUGGGCCGGGAUAACAGGACCAACAGGGACGCCGGGCCGGAGCCGGACAGGGGACACAGCGGAAGGUGGGGACCCCCCCGGCCCCCAGGACUCGCCUGCCCCGCAGUGCCACCAGCGUCACCUGCUCCACGGCCUUCGGGGACCCCCCCGGGGACGUCCCCGGGGACCCCGACCUGUCCCGGGCUGUGUCCGACCCCGGGCUCUGCGAGGGGGACGGAGGGCUGGGGGGACCCCGCGGGGCUCGGGGACCCCCCCAACGGCGGGGGGGACCCCCCGGAGCUCGGGGGGAGCCCCCGGCGCGGCCCCGAGGACGACCUGCUGGUGCCGCUGGGGCAGCCGCUGCCGCCGGGCUGGGUGACGCUGGAGGGGGACUUCGUGCUGGUGGUGGCCCUGUCCCCGUCCCACCUGGGCGCCGACCUGGUGGCCGCGCCGCGCGCCCGCCCCGACGACGGCCUCCUGCACCUGCUCUUCGUGCGGGGAGGGGUCUCCAGGGGCUCCCUGCUCAGGGCCCUGCUCGCCAUGGCCCGCGGGGGGGACCCCGGCGGGGGCCCCGGGACCCCCCUGAGCCGCGUCCCGGCCCGCGCCUUCCGCCUGGAGCCCCUGGGAGGGGGCGGCACCAUGACCGUGGACGGGGAGAGGGUCCCGUGUGGGCCCGUCCAGGGGCAGCUCCACCCCGGGCUGGCCCGGGCCAUCAUGGCCCUGCCCCCCAAGUGAGGGGGGGACACCCCCAGGGGACAGGGGGGACACCCCCAGGGGACGGGGGACACCCCCAGGGGACAGGGGGGACACCUGGGCCAUCAUGGUCCUGCCCCCUAAGUGAGGGGGGGACACCCCCAGGGGACAGGGGGGACACCCAGGGGACAGGGGGGACACCUGGGCCAUCAUGGCCCUGCCCCCA